AAGGGCCCCUGGGCGCCCGAGGAGGACGCGCUCGUCGUCGAGCUCGUGGAGCGCCACGGGCCCAAGAAGUGGUCCACGAUCGCCGCGCACCUGCCCGGGCGCGUGUCGAAGCAGUGCCGCGAGCGCUGGCACAACGUCCUCGACCCGGAGAUCUCGAAGCAGCCGUGGUCCGCCGCUGACCGGGAGAUCGUCGCCGCGCACGCGAAGCUCGGCAACCGCUGGGCGGAGAUCGCCAAGCUGCUGCCGGGCCGCACGGACAACGCCAUCAAGAACCACUGGAACUCGUCGAUCAAGCGGUCCAUC